AUGGCGGAGGAAAGCACGCAGACGUCGACAUGGCUACUGAACUGCCCUGAAAUCCCGAAUGGCGGGAACGAGAAGAAUAAAAAACACACUACAUCAAAAGAUGGAAAAAAACGAAGCAAGCCUUGGUCAAAGCUUCAUCCCAUACAAAAGAUACUGAAGAUCGUGGGCGUCCUGUUCAGAAUUUCAACAUUACUUGGGAUCCUCUACUGCUUUGUCUGUGCCCUGGGACUUCUCGAGGAUGCUUUCCAGCUGUUGGGAGGUCGAACGGCCGGAGAGACGUUCCGGAACAGUCAGCUUCUGUCCAACCCGGUGGCAGGUCUGAUGAUUGGUGUCCUCGCCACAGUCUUGGUGCAGAGUUCCUCCACAGCAACAUCCAUCGUUGUCGCCAUGGUCGCUUCAGAAGUGAUCCCCCUUCACUCGGCCAUCCCAAUCAUCAUGGGCACAAAUGUGGGCACUUCCAUCACUAGUACUCUGGUAUCAUUGGCUCAAGCAGGUGAGAGGUCAGAGUUCAGGAGGGCAUUUGCGGGAGCCACUGUACAUGACAUGUUCAACUGGAGUGCCGUGAUCAUCCUGCUUCCGCUUGAGGUGGCUUCAGGCUACCUGUACCACCUGACCAGGGCCAUAGUCAGCUCACUGGACCUGCACGUGUCCACCCAGAAGCCGCCCAUGCUGACCUCCAUCACAGAACCCUUCGUGCAUCUCAUCGUAGAAAUCAACCGUGAUGUUAUAACGGACAUCGCCAUGGAGCCAAAUGUCACGGAGCAGUCGUCUGUCAUGAAACGGUGGUGCCAGGUGACAAUGACACAAAAGACGGUAUCAGUCAUGCGCUACGACCCAGUUGAGGUGGACUGCAGCCAGGUCACCCGAGGCUCUCCCUUCUACUCCAGCUGUACUUCCAAAAACAUUCUCAACACCGGAAGUUCAGGCGGACCUGGAACUAUGGGCUUUUUCCUUGGGUGGAAUGAGACAGAAGUGAUCAAUUCAACAUUGCAUAGAACCAAAUGCAGCAACCUGUUUGCCUUCACUGACCUCACAGACAAGGCCGCCGGGGUCAUCCUGCUGGUCAUCGCCAUUAUUGUGAUCCUGUCUUCCCUCUUCGGGAUUGUCAAGAUCCUCAACUCCAUGCUUCAGGGAUCUGUAGCCAAAGUUAUCCAAAGGACAGUGAACGCUGACUUUCCUGGCAAGUUUGCGUACUUCACUGGCUAUGUUGCCCUGCUGGUUGGUUGCGGGCUUACGGUUGUUAUACAGAGCAGCUCGGUGUUCACUUCAACACUGACACCUCUGGUUGGCGUGGGAAUCGUGUCGGUGGAGCGAAUGUACCCGAUGACUUUGGGCUCAAACAUCGGAACCACUGUAACUGGCAUCCUGGCAGCCAUGUCAGUCAAGGGGAAGCACUCAGACCAGGCCCUGCAGAUAGCUCUUUGCCACCUCUUCUUUAACCUGACAGCAGUCGCCAUAUUCUAUCCCAUUCCUUUCAUGAGAUUCCCUAUUCCUCUAGCCAAGAUGCUGGGAAGAAUCACGUCUAAAUACCGCUGGUUUGCGGGUGUGUAUCUAGUCGGCAUGUUUCUCGUCAUUCCAGUGAUUGUCUUCGCUUUGUCUUAUGCCGGCUGGAUCUACUUGUUGAUAGUGGGGGGUCCUCUAUUUUUACUGUUUCUCGUAGUUACGAUAAUCAAUGUUCUACAAGUUAAGCAUCCGAAUUACCUCCCCCUGCGAUUGAGAAACUGGGAAUUCCUGCCCUUGUUUUGUCACUCCUGCUCCCCCUAUGACAGAAUCAUCUCCUGUCAUUGUCUAACUGCCCACUGUCCGAAGUUUGAUGACAGCGAUGAUGAGGAAUAUGAUGAUGACAGUGAGGAAAUCAAGGUUCCGGAAGUAGACGACCAUUUUAGACGCCAUCCCCAAGUUAUAGCGGGCAAUGUCAAAGGUCAGAGCCUCAGUCUGGCUUGA